AAGCGUCUCCAGGAGGAGAAGUGUCUCAAGGAGGUGGAGUGCAUCAUUGAAGGAAAGUGCCUCGUUGAAGUGAAGCGCCUCGCCAGGGUGAAAAACCUCACACAGCAGAAGUGCCUCAGAGACAAUCUCCUCAAUAAUGUGAAACGCCUCAUGGAAAAGUGCCUCAUUGAGGAGACCAGCUUCAUGGAGCAGAAACGCCUUCGUGAGGUGAAGCGUCUCAAUGAGAAGCGUCUGGAGGAGGAGAAGCGUUUCACCAGGGUAAAUUACCUCACCGAGGUGAAGCGCUUUGCCAACAUGAAGCGGGUCGAGGAGGAGAAGCGCCUCAUGGAGAAGACGCGCCUUGUUGAGGUGAAACUUCAAGAGGAGGAGCGCUUCAUGGAGGAAAAGCACAUUGUAGAGGAAAAGCAUCUUGUGGAGGAGCAGUGCCUCGCCAAGAUGAAGCAACAGUGGCUCCGGACAGCUACCACCAGCAGCACCACCAGCAGCACCGCCAGCAGCCCCACCACCACCGCCGCCACUCUUGUGAAGGGCCCGAUUGCUCCGAGCUUUGGAGAAGAGGGCUUCCAAGAAGAGAAUGCAAACUCUGGGGCCGCUGAUCCACGAUUUGAACCAGCGCAGCCCUCCUCCUCACUCAUCCAGGCCUUUGAAGCAAAGACAGAGGUUAUGGUGGAGACAAAGGAAGAGGUAAAGGAGGAGGUGAAGGAAGAGAUGAUGGAGGAGGAGGUAGAUGCAGAGAAAUCGGAGGAAGAGAAGACAAAGGAGGACGAGAUUGUGAUGGAGACAAUGGAGAACACGAAGGGAGAGGAUAAAGACAAUAUAGAGGUGGAGGACCAGGACAAAACACAAGAUGAACAGAUGGUCGUGGUGGGGGAGAUGGAGGAGAUGGACAAAGGGGAAACAAUGGUGGUGGAGGAGGAAGAGAAGACGGUGGUGGAGGAGAUGGUGCUGCAGGAUUGGUGAGGAGAUGAUGAAGGAAGAUAUGGUGGUCGGGAAGGGGGAGAAGAUGGAGAAGAAGACAAAUGUGGAGCAGGAAGAGAAGGUAGAGGAGAAGAUGGUGGUGGAGGAUGAAGAGAAGGAGAUGGAAGAGGAUGAGACAGAGGAGGAGAAGAUGGAGGAGGUGCAGGAGGUGGUGAUGCACGAAAAGAAGAGGAAUCGAGGAGGCUUCGUUCACAUGGUGAGAGCAA